GAGGACGCCCUUGGUUUUCCGGUGCAAAGAGGACCCUGUUCGGCAGCUUUCCGCCUCAACUGCCCCACGAUGACCUCCGCCCUUCUCCCCGCCGGGCCAACGACAUCAAUACCAGCAUGCCCACCAUGACAUCUUUCCGUACAGCAACAUCUCUACGCCCACUUGGCCCACCAAACAAGCCAUCAUGUCGACCAUAGACCUGCCAUUGACGCGCGAAUCCAUCGUCGCCGCACACGCCCUUAUCAAACCACACAUUCACACCACGCCGGUGCUCACCAACACCACGCUCUCGCACCUCGCCUCCACGCCCCAACGGCCUGAAGCACUGAGGGGCACGCCAUGGGAGGGACAAGAGCCGGCGAAGCCGAAGAUCAGGCUAUUCUUCAAGGCGGAGAAUUUCCAGAAAAUUGGGGCGUUCAAGGUUAGGGGCGCGUUCCACGCGGUGCUGAGGCUGGUCGAGGAGAAGGGGAUUGAGGAGGUUAGGAGGAAAGGGGUGGUUACGCAUAGCUCUGGCAACCACGCCCAAGCCCUCGCCCUCGCCGCCCGCACCCUCUCGGUCCCCGCCCACAUCGUCAUGCCGUCCAUCUCGACGCCCAGCAAGAUCUCCGGCACCCGCGCGCAGGGCGCCAUCCUGCACUUCUCCGGCUCGACCGCCGCCGAGCGCGAAGCCGUCGUCGCAGACAUCAUCAAGGAGACGGGCUCGACCCUGAUCCCGCCGUACGACCACCCGCACAUCAUGCUCGGCCAGGGGACUAUGGCGCUCGAGUUCGAGGAGGAGGUCGCCAAGAUGCUGGAGGAGAAGCCCGAGUUGAGCGUGCACUACAGAGAAACUCGCGGCGAGGAAGAAGGGAAAGCGAAGGGGCGGAAGGGAGGCGUGUUAGACGCGCUCAUCGCGCCGUGCGGCGGCGGCGGCAUGCUGUCUGGCAACGCGAUAUACUUCCACUCCACGCCCACCCUUGUCUUCGGUGCCGAGCCAGAGUUCGAGGGCGCAGAUGAUGCGCGCCGCGGCGUCGCGGCCGGCGAGCGCAUCACCUCUGUCAAGACUCUCACGAUCGCGGAUGGGCUGCGCACACCGUUGGGUCCGCACACCUGGAAGGUUAUAAGUGACAAGGAUUAUGUGGCCGGUCUCUACGCCGUCACUGAACAACACAUCAAAGACGCACUGCGCCUCGUUUUGGAGCGGAUGAAGUGUUUCGUCGAGCCCUCCGCGGUCGUGGGCCUCGCCACCGUACUCUUCAACGAGGAUUUCAGGAGGCUAGUAGAAAAAGAAGCAGGCGAGGAAGGGUGGGAUGUUGGGCUCAUAUUCAGUGGAGGGAAUACGACUAUCGAAGCCAUUGUGAAGAUGUUCGGCGACGUGGAUAAGAAGGAGGCUGCGAGGGGAGAGGGUGUUGUAGGCGCCGACGGUAAGGAGGUGGCUGAGAAUGUUGCUGGGUGAGGAAGUCUGGAGGGCCCUGGUAUGUGGAGCUAUGUCGAAUGGGAAGUGAUGGUGGUGUGUUAGCUACAAUGUCUCAAUGGUGAGUGAUCACACAAGCAUUGAUGAGCGUGGAGUAAGUCAAGUAAGAUCGUUGUAUUGAUGUUGUUGAUGUACAACAACAUGAAGAAGUCUAUGCUACUGACCACCAAGGCCACUACAGCAGCUGUUCCGGGUGCUACCCACAAAAUACCAAUCCAGACACCAUCAAACACCAACACCAAUCUAC